AUGCACCCCUUCUUCGGGUUCCCCUCCCGCGAGCGUGUGUACCUGACUGGCAAAUGGCGAUCCCAACUUGGCUUUUUGGCUUUUGCGUUCUCCGGCCCCUGGGAGAAAAACAUCUAUGCGCCGUCAUCGCGAACCGUCAGCCCCAAGAGAAUCCUGUCGGUGUCCGCGCCAACCAAGUCUACCAAGUACAACGAAGCCAUUCCCUUUUCUUUGUCGGGGAAUGGCUCGAGCGUUGUUUUUGAUUUUGGGAUCGAGGUCGGCGGCAUUGUCACUCUAAAUUAUUCGUCGUCGGACGAUGGUAUCCUAGGUUUGGCCUUCACCGAGUCCAGGAAAUGGAUCGGAGAAUACUCUGAUUCAUCAAAUGGCGCCUUUAAAGGUCCCGAUGGCGCGCUCUAUGCCUCCUUCUCCAACCCCGGAAAUGAUUCCUACGUGAUGCCCGAUAAGUACCUCCGCGGAGGAUUUCGAUAUUUGACCGUGUUUCUACUUGCGGAUGACGAUUCCACCGUUAGUAUCGAUGGCGUGAGCCUGGAGAUUGGUUUCCAGCCCACAUGGGCGAAUCUGCAAGCCUACCAGGGGUACUUUCACUCGGAAGACGAGCUUCUCAAUCGGAUCUGGUACAGCGGUGCUUAUACCCUGCAAACCAAUGCGGCACCUGUGAAGACCGGCCGUCAAGUUCCCACGCUCGAGGAAGGUUGGGCCAACAAUGCCACUAUGGGGCCGGGCGAUACCAUUCUCAUGGACGGGGCGAAGCGAGACCGUGCCGUGUGGCCAGGCGAUAUGGGCAUAGCAGUUCCCGCCUCAUUCGUCAGUACGGGCGAUUUGGAGAGCGUGAAAAAUGCGCUGCAGGUGAUGUACGAUACGCAGGCGAGCAAUGGUGCGUUCGACGAGUCCGGUCCACCCCUGAGCCAGAAGAACUCGGACACCUACCACAUGUGGUCGAUGAUCGGAACGUACAAUUACUUUCUCUACACGAACGACACCGACUUCCUGUUAGAGAACUGGGAGGGAUAUCAGAAGGCUAUGGACUACGUCUACAAGAAGGUGGAUAAAUCCAGCGGUCUGCUGAACGUGACUGGCACGCGCGAUUGGGCCCGAUGGCAGCAGGGAUACAACAACACCCAGGCACAGAUGAUCUUGUACCAUACCUUGAAGACCGGCGCACAAGUUGCCUACUGGGCAGCGAACUCGAAACCCCUCGCCACCAAAUGGAACGAUCAGGCCGACGAACUACAGAAAGCAAUCAACAAGCACUGCUGGGAUGACGGGUACGGCGCCUUCAAGGACAACGCGACAGAUACGAGCCUCUACCCACAAGACGCCAACAGCAUGGCACUACUCUACCGAAUCACCAACAAGGAGCGCGCAGAGAAGAUCUCAAACCGCCUAACGAAGAACUGGACCCCCAUCGGGGCCGUCACGCCCGAGCUGCCCGAGAACAUCUCCCCGUUCAUCUCGUCCUUCGAAAUUCAGGGUCACUUCGAAGCCGGUCGCCCCGAUCGAGCCCUGGAACUCAUCCGCCGCAGCUGGGGCUGGUACCUGAACAACCCUAACGGCACCGAGAGCACCGUGAUCGAGGGAUACCUGGCCGACGGCACAUUCGGAUACCGGGCUGAUCGGGGGUACUCGCACGACGAGUCAUACGUGUCGCAUGCGCACGGGUGGUCCGCGGGCCCGACGUCCGCGUUGACGAACUACAUCCUCGGUCUGAGCAUCACGUCGCCGCUGGGUCUGACGUGGAAGAUCGCGCCGCAGUUCGGCGACCUGAAGAGGGUGGAGGGCGGAUUCACCACCUCGCUAGGCAAAUUUCAGGUGGCGUGGAAGCGGAAGCCGGAUGAGUAUACGCUGCAUUUCUCGGUGCCGGAUGGCACCCGCGGGGAUCUGGCUCUGCCGUUUGUCAAUCGUGGCGAGAAGCCGUCUAUCACGAUCGAUGGAAAUGAUGUUUCCCGGGGCGUGAACUAUACGGAUGGCACGGCAUUUGUUCGAGUCAGUGGGGGUGGAUCGCAUAAGGUGGUGGUGAAUUGA